CAGACGUCAACAAAAUCCAUGAGGACAAGGUGAGUUGAACGAAUCUUUUUCUUUUUCUUUUUCUUUUGCAAGUGAGUGGACUUGUCACUUGAAGGUUGGCUGUAUAUCAUUAUCAUUAUAAAUACCGUUGACGUAUUCUUUCUACGCACUCGACCGAUCCAAAAGGUACACUGUGUACCGCCCAACCUGAGCCGAUCCGAGAAUGGAUGAACCUGAUUUCGACGACGACCGCGAGAUGGAACGACUCGCGUCCAACAACCCGGCGAUGACCGUGCCCGCCAGUCGGGUCAUCUCACAACGCGAGUUCGACCGUCUCCGUUCAUCACGAUCUCAUCCUCAACAACCGAAAAUCCAAACUUCAUCAGACCCGUCUGGAGGAUCAGAGACCUUCGUCAAACGGCCGUCGCGGUCACCACCGACCCCGUCGUCGCCCGGGCCGACGACACCCACCACGACAAAGUACGACGUCGGAUGGCGCAGGGUCGUCCGGAACUUUUCACCGUCGUGGUUCUCCGUGACCAUGGGCACGGGGGUCGUUUCGCUCCUCCUCAUCACCAUCCCCUUCAAAGCGGACUGGCUCUACUGGCUGUCGGUGGUUUUCUUCGUCCUCAACACCGUCCUCUUCACCCUCGCCCUGCUCAUCUCCAUCCUGCGCUACACCCUGUACCCCGAGAUCUGGGCCGUCAUGAUCGCAGACCCGACCAACUCCCUGUUCCUGGGCACGAUGCCCAUGGGAUUCGCCACGUUGGUCGAGAGCUGGAUCUUUCUGUGCUGCCCUCACUGGGGCUACUGGUCCGUCACGUUCGCCUGGGUGUGCUGGAUGAUCGACGCCGUCGUCGCGGCCGCCGUGACGGUUUCUCUGCCGUUCCUGCUCAUGAGCCAGAGCCACCAGCACCAACUCGACAGGAUCACGGCGGCACAGUUACUACCAAUCGCCGCUACUAUCGUGGCUGCCGGAGCAGGCAGUGAAAUUGCAGAACUUCUCUCCAACCCGAACCACGCCUUGGGUACACUCUUGACCUCUUACGUGAUGUGGGGCAUGGCCACUCCCUUUGCCAUGACGAUCCUGGUGAUUUAUUACCACCGCCUGGCUCUGUAUAAACUACCACCUCGCGAGGUGGUGGUGAGUUCAUUUCUUCCUCUCGGACCUCUAGGUAUGUAUCACCAGCGUCUUCGCCUCACACAUUGUACACAUUUCUUACCCACACCUGGCUCUUUGAAAUGUCAUUUCCACUCCCUCACUUGUCUCUCUCUCUCAAAUGGACAGACAAACACAUCAGAAGCUAACCUCGAUCGCGGAACCCGUCGACAAACAGGCAUGGGAGGUUACACCAUCAUGUACCUGGGUCGAGUGUCGCGCCAGGUCUUUCCGAGGGUCCACCUCUUCGCCGGGUCGCCCCCCGCCGACGCCCUCCCCCUCACCCUGGCCGGGGACGUCUUGUACGUCUUUGGCGUCUUCGUGGCUCUCGUCAUGUGGGGGUUCGGCCUCGUGUGGCUCGUCUUCGCCCUGGCCACCAUCUACUCGACCCGCCCUUUCCCCUUCAACAUGGGCUGGUGGGGCUUCACCUUCCCCCUGGGCGUCUACGCCAUCAGCACCAUCACCUUCGGCGUCGAGAUGCCCAGCCUCUUCUUCAAGGUCCUCGGCACCAUCCUGAGCGUCGCCGUCAUGGUCCUGUGGUGCGUCGUCGCCAUGGGCACGGCCAAGGGGGCCUGGUCGGGUCGUCUCUUCUUCGCCCCGUGCCUGAAGAACCUCAAGAAGGAGGACCGCGUGCCUGCUGAAAGUUCGGCGCCUGAACAGGACCGAGAGAAGCUGUCGACCACGGACAGUACCUAGGUACCUAGGCAGUGUUGUGUUUAUCAUGUAUAAAUUGAAGUUUCAGGGACCUAAACCAUUUGUCUACUCUGAUAUCGUACCGUACCUUCGUUUCAAUUGCUGUCUCAUUGCAUUCCAAAGUUCAUUGCUUUGGGCAACUACUCUAACGAACCCACACAUUCAAUAGUCAUCCCAUCAUUCAUACGUACAGCGUCGCCUGUCCAUAUUCAUUUCUCCUGCGUAACGUCGGUUGAAGUCAGUCACGCUUCUGCUCAUACCUCUCUGAUUCUACCUAUUCAAAUUCAUGGCCCCGUCAACAGGCCUCAUCCGGUUUUCUCCAUAGCCACCACAAUCUACACUUGAUCAACAUCACAAGUACACCAAAGAGCAUGGCUGAUGCCGCCUUUCAUACUCCGCCAGUGGGAUGCGUAGGAUCAAUCCACUUGACACCCUCCGGAUUCUCGACGGCCACUAUAUCCGGCAAGUUCACCGCAAUGGCCUCCCCGUCGCUUCUCAUCAGCACACACUCCAGCUCCUCGUCCUCUUUGGCAUUGAUCUCUUGGUGCGGCACGUAUGGCGGAACGUAGAUGAAAUCCCCGGGCCCGGCUUCCGCAAUGAACUCGAGGUUCUCACCCCACCGCAACCUCGCCUUGCCCUUGACAACGUAGAUGACACUCUCGAGGUGACCGUGGUGGUGGGCUCCCGUUUUGGCGUUGGGGUGGAUCUUGACCGUGCCGGCCCACAGAUGCUGCGCGCCCAC